AUGAGGGAAGUAUACGCACAUGGAAAGAAAUUAAGAACAGAAUAUAAUACACAAUAUGUAAGAAGUAUUGAGCAUAAAGAAGACUUCUUUAAAGAACAAGCCAGGAUCCUCUUAAAUUUCUCAAAGGACUUCACCACCGUACACACAGAAGAUAAAGAAUCCUGCCGUAUUAAAUGGUUUGAGGAUGGUGAAAUUAAUGCGUGUUAUAAUGCAGUGGACAGGCAUGCACUGACUAACCCUGAUAAAAUUGCGAUUAUUCAUGAGGAUGACAACGAGAAUAUAUUACACAUUACGUAUAAAGAACUAUUACAGCAAGUACUUAUAUACAGUGACUAUUUAAUAAGCAAGGGUAUAAAAAUGGGUGACACUGUAUGUAUAUAUAUGCCCAUGGAGCCCAAUGCAUUAAUUAUAUCAUUAUCAUGUGCUAGGCUGGGCAUCUCGCAUACGGUCGUAUUCGGUGGGUUUAGUGCAGAGAGUCUCUCUGUGCGCAUGGAGGACUCAGAUUCUGUAUGGCUCAUUACGGCUGAUUAUACUUACAGGGGUGGUAAAAAAAUUGAUUAUUUAAAUAAUGUUGUAAUUUCCGUUGAGAUUCUUAAAAAUAAUGUGAAAAAUCCGUUAUUAAAAGGUAUUUUAAUUUUUAAUAAAGAAAAUAUUUCAGGUGAAAUAUUUUUAAAAUUAAAAAACUCUGUAAGUACGCUGGACACAUUAGAAAAUAUUUCACAAAAUAAAAAUUUAUCCGUCCAGGAUAUUCCCUGCGUACCCGUCCCAUCCGAGCACACGUUAUUCCAUUUGUAUACAAGUGGCAGUACGGGCAAGCCCAAAGGACUAUCCCACAGUACAGCAGGGUACUUAUUAUACGCUGCACUAACCACACUAGUCUGUUUUGAUAUACAGGAGGGUGACAGAUUCUUCUGUACGGCUGAGUUAGGCUGGAUUACUGGUCAUUCUUAUGUACUAUACGGUCCAUUAACACUCGGUAUCACUACGGUCGUAUUCGGAGGUGUCCCCGUAUACCCUGAUGCCUUACGGUUAUUUAGGUCUAUACAGAGGAUUAAACCAACGCAUUUAUACACUGCACCCACUGUUAUUAGGCUACUACAGAAGUCAUUACCUGAUUGUUUAGUCAAACCGUACGAUAUAACUGAGUCUAAUAACGACUUAUCCCCUGCUGUUGAUCACGUGCCUAAUUCACCGAUCAGUAACCGGUCUAUAUUCACACACGGCAUAACAGACACAUUCAAUAAGGAUAAUUACUACAAGAAGUAUAAUUCAGAAGGUGACUUAGGCGGUGCGUAUGUGUGGUUUUCGAUGUACUUCGGGAAUGGGACCCUUCCGAUCAUAGAUACGUAUUGGCAGACAGAAGCCGGUGGUGUCAUGCUGUCACCGCUUAUAAGUAUUUCUGAGUACAAGCCAGAGAGUGCCUCAUUCCCAUUCUUUGGCAUGCAACCGAUAGUCAUGAAGAAGGACGGACUGCACACCACAAGCAAUGAAGGCAGCACAAGCAGUGCGGGUGCAGGUGAUGGUACAAGUAGUGCAGGUAUAAGUACUGGUAUAAGUAGUACAGGUACAGGUAGUACUGGUAGUGUUAGUGGUACAGGUAUAAGUACAGGUGCUAGUAGUGUUAGUGGUAUAAGUAGUACAGGUACAGGUAGUAUGAGUACUGGUAGUGUUAGUGGUACUGGUAGUGUUAGUGGUAUAAGUAGUACUGGUGCUGGUAGUGCUACUGGUACUGCUUCUGCUGUUGGUCCAUCUGAUGGUGUGGUUGAAGUAAUUGGUGAGACUGGUAUUUUACUGUUUAAGGGUUCCUGGCCUGGUAUUGCUAGGACUAUAGUAAAGAACCAUGACAGGUAUAAAAGUGCUUAUUUCCAGUAUAAGGGAUAUUUCUAUACGGGUGAUGAAGUACUUAAAGAUAUAAAUGGGUACUACUGGAUCAGAGGCAGAAUUGAUGAUGUAAUUAAUGUGGCUGGUCAUAGACUAAGUACAGCAGAGAUUGAAAGUGUCGUAUGCUCAGUGACUGGUGUAUCAGAAGCAGCUGCAUUAGGAGAGGAGGAUGAGGUGACUGGCCAGGGUGUUACUAUAUUUAUAGUUAAGUCGGGUGAUGUAUCUGACACUGACGUAUUCAGUGAUAUUAAGUCUGUCUUAAGGAAGCGGAUCGGGUCGGUUGUUAACCCUAAAAGGAUCAUUUCAUGUCCUGAGUUACCUAAGACAAGUACUGGUAAGAUGAUGAGGAGGGUACUAAGGAAAGUAUUAGAGGGACAGGAGGUCGGAGAUAUAAGUACGUGCAUCAACCCUGACUCGAUCACAUUUGCUAAAUCAAGUAUUGCUAAAUAAAUGAUUUAUUA